AGAAAAGAAUAUUACAAGCUUCGCUGGCUUUCGUUGUACAAUAAGGAAGGCUUUGAAGGCAAAAGAGGCAUCGAAGAAACCACUCAGAGCCCAGGGAGCAACUGUAAUCAAUCUUCAACUCAAGGGUUUUGCUCUCUCUCAGAUCUCUCCCCAAUAUCCCAGAUGGCAAAAGACCCCAAACUCAGAAAAUUGACAGUUUAUCUUUACAUUCCCAAUAUUAUUGGGUACAUAAGAGUUCUCAUGAAUGUUGUUGCCUUUGCCCUGUGCUUUAGCAACAAAAAGCUUUUCUCUGUUCUGUAUUUUCUCAGCUUUGUGUGUGAUGGGAUUGAUGGCUGGUGUGCUCGCAAAUUCAAUCAAGUUUCAACCUUUGGAGCUGUUUUGGACAUGGUAACAGACAGGAUUAGCACUGCUUGUCUACUGGUAAUCCUCUCCCAACAAUAUAGGCCUGGCUUAGUUUUCUUGUCAUUGCUUGCCUUGGAUAUUGCCAGCCAUUGGCUGCAAAUGUACAGUACUUUCUUGUUAGGGAAGGCUAGUCAUAAAGAUGUAAAAGACAGCAGUAGUUGGCUUUUCAAGUUGUACUAUGGAAACCGAAUGUUUAUGGCUUUCUGUUGUGUGGCAUGUGAGGUGCUAUACAUUAUCCUAUUUCUUAUUGCAGAGCCCCAUAGUGAAAGUGUGAUUGAUGUUUUACUGCAUGCUUCAAAACAGAGUUUUCUUCUGUCUGCUUUAGUCCUGUCAGUCCUGUUUGGGUGGGCAAUCAAGCAGGCUGUCAAUGUUAUACAGAUGAAGACCGCAGCAGAUGUGUGUGUGCUUUAUGACAUCAACAAAAAGCAGAAACCCUAAGGCUGUCUAUAUGUUCAGUUACAAAGCCUCAUUUGUAUGUUGACAAAGAGGGGUGGACUAACCAGAUUUAGCCUCUUGUACCCACAUUUUCAGGCUAAAAUUUUCAUGUUUGAAGUUGCAAAUUGAAAACCCUUCUAACUUCUCCAUUUAACAUUCAACUGAAGGAAAGUAAAAAAAAAGACUAUACCCACUUGGAUGAUAGAGUUUUCUCUAGUUUUUUCCUCCAUUUUUUAGCCUGUCAUAAUACUGAUGAUGCUGAUUGAUGUUGUGAAUAUGUUGUACAUUCAUUGUUUGUUAUUUUUGAACUCUUUCAUUUGCUAUGA